AAGAUUCCUGGCGUGAGAGAAUGCAGAUCGGUUGUACAAUGUCUACUGCCCAAGAUCAUAGAAUUACAAUUUUGUUUCGAUUAUUUUGCGAUGUUUUAACCAUGUAAAAAGUCACUUAUAUUCAACGAAAAAGUUUCCAGUUUGUAAGCGACAAGCCAUAUUGGUAAAGACAUAUGACGAAAUAAAAAAGCGCUACAUCGCUCUAUCACACGUGCACACUUACGUGCUGCAAAAGACAACCGUUUUUACAACAUUUCAAAGCAUUUUACAUGCGGAAGGAGGCGUAUUGAUAACUAUAAAAGCUUUAGCUUGAAAGAAUUACACGAAGGAACGAAAGCAAUUAUAUAUACAUUCUGCUGUACAAGAUAAUUGGCCAUAUAAUUUUCAUUUGUACGUGUAGUGAAGAUUUACAAAAAACUGAAAAGUUCAAGAGCAAAAUGAUCUGGUGGUGUGUGGUUCUUACCUCCGUGCUUUGCUCUGGUGUCCUAUCAAGAAAUAAUUCCAGUCAUAACUCACACAGAGCUCGGCAAUUGAAGGGCAUCUCAGGAUUUGGCCAAUUUCAAGUUCGUUUAGUUGGAGUACAAAAUAUCGAAGGAGUAAAAUAUGACGGUUCAUGUUGCGAUGGCUCUCGUUCCAUUGUUCACGGUUCAUCGAGAUGUCCACCAGAGAAUUGUGAUACUUUCUUUCGUAUAUGCCUCCAACAUUAUCAAGAGACGGCGGAGGAAAAUGGCGCUUGCACUUUGGGUAACGCAACUACACCUGUAAUAGGAAAGAACAGUUUCGACAUUCCAGAUUCUGCGACUAGACCAAACUCGAGUUUUCAAAAUCCUAUUUCGAUGCAUUUCAAAUUUUUGUGGAUGAUACGGUUUAAUCUUAUUGUGGAAGUCUUGGAUCAAGACAUCGAGUCUGGCAUAGAGCGCCAUGAACUUAUCGAGCGUGAUGUCAUACAGCGGCAGUUGAUGCCAAACGUAAAAUGGGUAAAAGAACGUCACAAUGGUCAGAGAGCGACGAUUAAAUAUGAAUACCGGGUAAUAUGUGACAGCGGUUAUUAUGGAGCGAACUGUAAGACCUAUUGUCAACCAAGAAACGACGAGUUUGGUCACUAUUCGUGUGAUGAUAGCGGAUCGCAAAUUUGUCUACCGGGAUGGACAGGCAAACCAAAAUGUAUUAAAGCUAUAUGUAAGAAGGGCUGUGAUGAACAACAUGGAUCGUGUUUGUCACCUGGUGAAUGUCGUUGUGCAAAUGGAUGGAAAGGCGAGUUGUGUGAUCAGUGUAAACCGCAUUCAAAGUGUGUUCAUGGUUCGUGCUCAAAACCCUGGGAAUGUGAAUGUCACUCCUCAUGGGCAGGAAAGUAUUGUGACAAAGCUUUAAACAUGUGUUCCCGAUCAUCGUGGUGUCAAAAUCAGGGAACAUGCAUCAAUUCGGGACCUGGCGAAUAUAUAUGCUUUUGUCCUCCGGGCUUUACUGGAAAGAAUUGUGAACAAGACAUCGACGAAUGCUUGUCUUCUCCUUGUCAAAAUAAUGGAACCUGUUCAAAUUUAAAAAAUAACUAUACGUGCAAUUGCAUUCUUGGUUGGGAGGGAAGAAAUUGUCAACUGAACGUUAAUGAUUGCCUAAACAACCGCUGUAAGAAUGGCGACUGCAGGGACAAGGAAAAUGAUUACGAAUGUGAUUGUUCACCUGGCUGGGAAGGAAAAUAUUGUGAAAAAAACAUUGAUGACUGCGCUUCUAAUCCUUGUGUCAAUGCAUUGAAAUGUAAUGACUUACAAGAAGAUUUCAGUUGUGUUUGUAAAUCAGGAUGGAAAGGGAAAACUUGUAAUGAGAAUAUAAAUGACUGUCUUGGUUGGUGUCGACACAACAGUCGUUGUAAAGAUUUGGUGGACGAUUACGAAUGCAAAUGUCCGCCAGGAUAUACAGGUAAAAAUUGUGAAGUGGACAUUGACGACUGCUCAAGCUCGCCUUGCAUGAACGGUACAUGUGUUGAUGGUGUUGAUGAAUACUCUUGCGUGUGUACAACCGGUUUUGAAGGUCCCAGAUGCGCUAACGAGACCAACGAAUGUGCUUCAAACCCUUGUGUUUACGGCUCGUGUUCGGAUAAAUUGAACGACUAUACUUGUGAAUGUAAUUCAACUUACUAUGGUACAAACUGUAGCAAAGAAAUAGGAUCAUUGCGAGAUAAAUGUUACUUGGAAAAUAGAUGUAAACAUGGAUCUUCGUGUAUAACGGAGGGAAACGGUACCAAAUGCAUUUGUCUUCCUGGAUACACAGGAGCUCAUUGUGAAGUUGAUAUUGAUGAUUGCAUGAGUAGUCCUUGUGACAAUUCUGGAACUUGCAUGGAUCGUGUUAAUGGCUACGUGUGCAUCUGCCCCAUUGGUUUUGCGGGCGAAAAUUGUGAAAUAGACGUCAAUGAAUGCGAUCCAAAUCCCUGUCAUCCUCUUGCAACAUGCGAAGAUCUUCCAGGAACAUAUAAAUGUAAUUGUUCAAUUGGUUUUACUGGUGUGAACUGUAAUUAUAAAAUUGAUUACUGUGGUAAAGGCAGUCCGUGUAAAAACGGAGGUAGAUGUGUUGAUGGUCCGAGCAACUACACUUGCGUGUGCAGUCAAAAGUUCACUGGACCUCGUUGUGAAACCGCUGUUGACAUAUGCGACGGCAAUCACUGUAAAAACCAAGGAAUAUGCGUUGAACUUUCCACUGGCUACAGUUGCAAUUGUGCAGAAGGGUUCACGGGCUCAAACUGUGAAUUUAGAACUGACCCUUGUGUGUCCAGGCCUUGUCUGCAUGGUGGCUCCUGCAUUCUUACAGACAGCUCAUUUCUAUGCAAUUGCACAACCAGCUAUACUGGCGAGCAUUGCGAACAAAAGAUCGACCAUUGUACGAAGACAAUCUGCCAGAACGGUGGAACAUGUAUUAAUGUCAAUUCUACUGCAAUGUGCGUGUGUACUCCUGGUUACAAGGGGGAAUACUGUCAGAUUGAAGUCGUCAGAUGUCAAUCAAACUCAUGUCCACGAAAUACAGCUUGUAAAGUUCUCGGUGAUUCGAUAAAGUGUCAUCCAAAAGCGAUCCUGCCUUGUGACAACAAUCCUUGUGCAAACGGUGCAACAUGCCAAAAUGUUGCUUCAUAUUUUACUUGCUCGUGUCCACCUAACAAGCGAGGAGAGCUCUGUGAUCAAGAAAUUAAACUUUGUGAAAAGACGAUUUGUCACAACGGUGGAACUUGUCACGAUGUACCUGGAUCGUUCAAAUGUGAAUGUGCAGUCGGCUUUACUGGUGCUAAUUGUAGUGUUGACAUUGACGAUUGUGCAUCUUCUCCUUGUGUUGGAGGAGGCCGCUGUACAGACGGAAUUAAUUCGUUUAAUUGUACCUGCCCCGAAAAACGAUAUGGUCAUUUGUGCCAAUAUAGAACACCGGACAACUGCUUGAGACUUUUUAACUACCAUGAACAUUCCAGUACUUGGCUCGAGGAUUGCAACAAGUGCACCUGUAAUGAUGGUACCGUCAAUUGUACCCGGGUUGUUUGUCCGCCAACGAACUGCAUCUCACAGGGCUGUGGCGAGCCUGAUUACGAUUGCGUAAAACAAAACGAGAGCUGUCUACGCGAACCUUGCUCACCGUUUGGGGAAUGUAGAAAAGAAGGAAAAGUACUGCAUAGAAAACUCGAAUGUCUUCCUGUAAGCGAUGAUUGUAGCAAAGUACAUCUGGUAUUUUUGAGGGACAAAUUGCCAAGUGGAACUCUCCUACCAAAUUUUUGUCGCUAUCUCAGCUCUCUGGAUCUUUUCCAUCGUUACGCUAAAGAUAAAUACAUCCAGGUCACGUGUGAUGUCUCACCUUCAAAUGACGCUGCCAAAAGCAUGGCUAUGAAGGAUGCUAAAGUUACAGUUGUUGUUGCGAGUGACGAAGGGACUGGAAAUGCAGUAAAGGCAGCCACAGAUUUGGCAAAGUUUGUAAAGCUGCAAUCUGAAUCACCGGCCAUGGAUGAAUUAAACAAAACAAUUGUCAAAAUCAUGUUUGCCAUAACUAAAGUAACAAUUGAACGUCCAGUUGUGUACGUUACCCGCAAAGAAAACCCAGUGUAUAUUAUUCCGUUGAUAUUGGCAUUGUCAGCAUUGGUCGUGUUCGUGUUAUGUGUCUUGCUGACCAUUAUUUUUUGUGAGAGGAGAAGACGUCGUUCAAAGAAACGCUAUCGUCAAAAAAUGUACGAGGAAACAACAAGAUUGAAAGAAAGAGAAGGUGAUGAUGUCGAAGAUGGCGUCGAGACUGCUACUGAAGCAGGUCGCAGUGCCCGUAAAAAAGACUCAUUCAGUGAGCUACGAGAUAUCGAAUCGACCCAAGUCGAUGUAUCCACAACGACAGAACGUGUCGUGGGAUCCAGCAUCGAGAUACAUUCUCCCGCACGUGGUCGUCGCGAGCAUGCUCCUCCACGCGAGAGAGGCGCUCGUGAUGAGUGGCGUAGAAGGGACGUGUUAAGAUUAAAACGAAAAUCUCAGGAUGAAAUAAUUGUUUAGCAACACAUUUUUGAGCUCCAAGAGCAAGAUUAAAUAUGACUUAUCCAUAUACAGUGAGAAACAUCCUUAUCUCACACGUUUCUUUAUUGACGCCCUAUUUAGAAUUAUUAUAUUGUUUUAAAGUAUUGUUGCAUUGUAGGAUUUAGAUGACGAAGUGGUGAUAGGGCAGUGUUAUUGACAAAAAUUUGCCCGUGCUAAUGUAUUGAAACCACUCUAAAUACUUAAUUACUGUGCAUAAUCGCAAUGUGAAUGCGUAAAUAAUCAUGAAAGUUUGGUUAUCCAAAACAAAUAAGUAAAACUAAAAGUUUGUAAUUUAAUGUUAUGUACAAUGUUCCACGAGAAUUUCAAAAUGAAAAUCUGGCAAACAUAUGCACAAAUGUAAAAUUGUGCCAAUAAAACAAACACAUUGAUGCCUGUGACUUUUUUAAGACAACGUUUUGUGGUUUUGACCUCAGAAAGAGCACUUGAUGGCUUAGCUUUUCAUUUUGAAAAUGAAUGAAUAAUUUUAGAAAUUGCUUGUAAAAAAGAUGUACAAAGUCUAUAUAAUGUAUUAUUUAACUGAAAUAGUCAAUAGCUUAAGAAUAUUUAGCGUAAAAUAGGAUUGGGAACGUGUUAGUCAAUGUGGGAUUAACUUCUAUCGUUGACAGGUCAGCUCCAUUUUUUUAUCUCUAAAAAUUUUCCAGGCUCAGAUUAGUGUUUAUGUAAUUAUAUGUUAUAAAUUAGUUCUCUCCGCAUUGUUAAGCUAUAAAGUAUUACAAUAUGUGAAGAAAAUGUA